AUGACUACUACAUCGACCGCUACUGCUGAUAUCGAAAAAGCUGCUGACCUCUAUGAAGUUGAAGAGAUCGAAAAUGUUCCUCUUGAACAUAAUCAAAUCACUCCAGAACUUUAUGCCUAUCUUAUGGAGAGACAUGGUACUGUCGAGUUAGAUCCUUUACCAUCUUCCGAUCCUAAGGAUCCACUUAACUGGCCUGCAUGGAAAAAAAAUUACGAAAUAUUGUUAAUUGCCUUUGGUACUUUCUCAUCUACUUUUAUGGCUGCUGGUUUAACUCCUGCUUUUGAGACUAUGGCAGAAGAAUAUGGAGUUGAUCUUCCAACUGCUGCUUACUUUACUUCUGUUCAAAUUGCUAUCUUUGGUGUGUUGCCAUUAUUCUGGGUUCCUUUGAUGAAUACAUAUGGAAGAAAAUUCUUUGUUACUUUUGGUGCUUUGGCUUGUUGUAUCUUAAAUAUCGGUGGUGGGUUUGCUACUACAUAUGGUCAACAAAUGGCUACUAGAGUUCUUGUCGGUGUUUUCGUUUCUACCGUUACGGCUGCUGGUUCAUCCGUUGUUGGUGAUUUAGCUUUCUCCCACGAAAGAGGUAAGAAAAAUGGUUGGUGGUCUUUGGCUUUGGUUAUUGGUACUCCAGGCGGUCCAUUCUUUACUGGGUUUAUUCAACAACAUGCUGGUAGUAAAUGGAUCUUCUUUGUGUUUGCUCUUAUGAACUUUGCCCAAUUUAUUUUAUGGAUAUUUGCAAGGGAAACAGUUUACACUAGAACUAGUCCAGAAUAUUGUUCCACAGGUUUACUUAAAAUCAUGGGUAUUAGAAAAUCUUCUUCUAGACCAUUCUCCUGGAAAAUGUUUUUUAGACCAUUAAAGCAAGCAGCUAGUUUCAAUGUCUCCAUAGCUGUCAUUGCUGCUUCCGUCACUUUCUGCUAUGCUAACAUUGUUUUGGUUGUCGAAAUGCCCCAAGUUAUGGUCCCAUUAUUUCACCUCAAUGCUCAACAAAUGUCUUUACAAUACCUUUCCAUUAUAAUUGGCUCUAUAAUUGGGGAAAUUCUCGCUGGUCCGCUUUCCGAUUGGUGGAUGAAGAGAAGUACUGCCAAGAGAAAUGGUCAAAGAGUCAUCGUUGACAGAUUAUGGGUCUGUUACAAUGGUUACAUCUUGGUUCUUGUUGGUUUAAUUAUCUGGGGUAUCUUCUUAUUCAAGGCUACACCUGGUAAUUGGUCCAUUAAACCUUUAAUUGGUGCUGCUAUUGCCGCUGCCGGUAAUAAUAUUGUCGCAACUGUUAUUACUACCUUUGCUAUCGAUAGUGCCCCUGGUAAGGCUAGCGAUGUUGGUUUAUACAUCAACUUCGUCAGAUCUCUUUACGGUUUCUUGGGACCUUUCUACUUUCCACAUAUGUUUGAAAACCUCAACUUUGCUGGCUCAGCUGGUUUGAUGUGUGGUCUUGUUCUUUUGUUUGAUUGGAUGCCAACUGCUUUGGCUCAUAUUGUAGGUGCUAGAUGUGCUACCAAAGCAUAA